AUGUCGCGCUCGCACUCCCACCGUUCCGACAUAGUGCCCCCCGGCGCCCCGUACCUCGAAGUCCUCGUCCAAGCCGGGCGGCUCAGGAGCCCCUACACCGAAUGCUGGUCCCAGAACCUCGAGCGCUACGCUCUCGUGCGCCUCCCGGACGACGUCCCCGACUCGCGCCCACGCGCGCCAGCCUCAUCCACCACCUCCGCGCAGCCCGGCCCCGGCCCGCGCGUCUUCGCGCCGCUCCCCCGCCGCGCCUCCCGACGCACGGUCUCCGAGGGUGGCCUGCGCGUCUUCGCGCCCGCCCUCUCGCGCGAGGCGGUGCGCGGCCUGCAUCCCAAGCACAAGCGCACCGCCGCGACGGUGCAGAUACCCGAGAAGCCCUGGAGUGCAUACACCGUCUCUAGAGGCGCGCCCGCACGCAGCCAGCACGCGCAGGGCACCACCCUGUCCCUCACUGCGUAUCCCCUCCCCACGGGCGAGCCCACCCAAUACGACGAGCGCAGCACUACGUACGAGAGCCUCAAGCUCGCCCUCUCGCGCGACCCCGACACCUGGCCGCCCCCGUCUUCACCCGCGUACUCCCCCCCGCCAUCGCCGCGCCUCCCGCCCGCAUCCUUCGCGCGCGUCCGCACGCGCGCAGGCUCUACCUCCGACGCAGGCACGCCCUCGCUACUCGACGCCUCCCAGCCCUCGGCGCUCUCCAGCCCCUCGCUCACGCUCGCCUACACCCCCGCCGCCAGCGCGCUCGUCGGGCUCGGCAUCUCCGGCCUGCGCAAGGCGGACGGCGCGCCAUUCGACGGGCUCGGCCUCCUCCCGCGGCGCCCGGGCACGCCCUUCGCGGACGCCGACGAGGGGAGCAGCAGCACGCAGUGGUGGGCGUACGACGAGGACGCGCGCGAGCUGGACGAUAUCCUCGGCAGCCUCAGCCUCAGCCCCCGCGUGCGCGCGGAGCCGGAGUCGUCCCCUCCGCGGCUGCUGGACGAGGCCCUGCCCGCGUGGACGCCCUCGCCGCCUCGCCGGUUUGGGAUGCCCCGUGCGCCGUCGCGCGAUGAUGUGUUCCUCUCACGCCCGAAUGCGCGCAGUACGCCGGGCAGGGGCGGGCGUGUGACGCGCACGAGCGCGGGUGGGGGCGAGGCGACGCCCGAGAGGCGGGCGUGGAAGCCGUGA